ACUACAAUCGCUGUUGGUUUUUAAACUCUUCUCCGCUGCUUUCCAUUGUUUUUUUCUAAGCACAUAUCUGGAUUCAUUAAUAGAUAACAUGGUUCUUGUAUCAAAGACUCCCCUCAAUUUCCGGUCCAGAUUUAUAACUCCUGAGCUUACCCAGUUGUUCAGCCAAUCUGACAGUGAGGAGGAGUUUGAAGGCUUCAGUGAAAAUGAAGACGACGUGAUGGAGAUGGUGGAGUCUGAGGAAGAGGACAGUGACACCAACUUUUAUUCUGAUGGAGAAGAGUCAUCAUCUCCAAAGAGUAAAAGUCUGUUAGUGGCUUUAAGGUUUCCAUUUAAAAGACCAUCUGCCUCUAAACAACAAGCACUAAAGAAAGAAGGAGAUAAUGGUAAAGAACAUUGUCCUCCAUGCAAUGAACAGAAGGAUCAUUCAGUGGAUGAAGAUGUCUUGUCACAAAGCCUGAAAAAGCGGAAUAAAAACAUUCAGGAAAACAAAGCCAUGCUGGCAAAGCUGUUUGCUGAUUUGAGUUAUAUGGCUGUUUUGACACCACCCCCGACCCCCCAAAAGAAAAAAAGCACACUGGAAAAAGAAAAGCCUAAGAAACGCAAGUUUGCACCAGAUACCGGAUCUGAGAGGAGGAACCCAUCACGCAAGGCACGUCCUCCGGAAAAAAUAACUGUUGAAGAGGAUCUUGAACCUGUUAUCCGCAAACGGCAUAGGAGAGUGGACCUCAGGGCACUGGUGGAGGUUGAUGAGGAAAGAGCCACUGAGAAAGUCAAGAGAAGAAAGAGCUCCAAAAGGUGCCAGUAUUAUGUUAGGUCAGUGGAUGAAAUCACAGAAGAAGAACUUGACAACAUAGCAUACCGCUCCAAGGACAAGAUCUGGGACAAGGAAAAUGGUAGUUCCUGUCACCAGUGCAGACAGAAGACGCUGGACACCAAAUCAGUCUGCCGCAGUGGUUUUUGCACUGGUGUCAAAGGUCAGUUUUGUGGGCCAUGCCUAAAUAACCGCUAUGGAGAAGAUGUACGCACCGCACUGCUUGAUCCGACAUGGUCCUGCCCCAUUUGCAGAGGCAUGUGCAACUGCAGUCUGUGUCGCAAAAAGGAGGGACGCUGUGCCACAGGGAUUCUGGUGCAACAGGCUCGUUUCAACGGUCAUGGCAAUGUUCAUGAGUAUCUGGAGAGCAUUAAGAGGGAGCUGCAGUAGAUUGAGAUACACAAACCAGUGUUGAUUAAUGUGGGGAAAGAAGAAAUCCUCAUUUAAUUUGACUUCAGAACAAGGCACAUAAACUGAAAAUGUUCUUUUCAGAUUUUAUUGUUGCAUGAUGCGUUGAUGUGGGAAAAAGAUUAAUCUAAGUUACGUUCUCUUUUUACUUGUGCGACACUGGCUUUUUAUUUUAUAUUUUUAUAUCAACAUUUGGACAAAGUAUGUAGUCCUUCAUAUUGUGCAUUUUAUGGUUAACCACUUUGUACUCAAAUAAAUGGUAUAGUUGUGAUUUUCUGAGCUUAGAAAUGUCAGCUAGUUUUAUACUGCAGGUGUUGUACUGUGGUAUUAAAAUAUAUAAUUGUGUUUCUAAUAUUCCAAGAAAAAUACUAAUUUUAACCAGUUUAUUGUUGUGUUAUGCAGGCAAAGCAACCAU